AUGAAUUCUAAAAGAAGAAUGCUGUUAUUGAUCUCAUCUGUUGUAUCACUGAUCUUGGUGGACCGUUAUUUCAGGAACCCAGUAGAACUUCAGCUCUCAGACUGGUUUACGCCUAGAAAUCGCCCCGAUGUCAUAACGACAACGGACUGGUUCGCUCCGGUCCUAUGGGAGGGGACUUUCAACAGACAGGCCCUGGAGAAGUAUUACAGAAGGCGGAACGUCACCGUGGGCUUGGCUGUCUUUGCUACCGGCAGGUUCGCGGAAGAUUACCUGAAGACGUUCCUGCAGACCGCAAACAAGCACUUCAUGGCCAGCCACAGGGUCGUCUUUUACGUCAUAGCCGACGCCUUCCUCGAGCUGCCAGACGUGGCGCUGGGCCCUCUGCGCACGUUCCAGGUGCUUCCGAUCAGCAGGGAGAGCUGGUGGCACGACGCCGACCUCGUGCACAUGAAGAGCCUGGGGGAGUUCAUCGUCGGCCGCAUCCAGGCCGAGGUGGACUUCCUCUUCCGCAUGACGGUCGACCGGGUGUUCCAGGGCGCGUUCGGGGUGGAGACACUGGGCGCGUCCGUGGCCCAGCUCCACCCGUGGUGGUAUUUCAGAAACACCAAGAAUUUCCCCUACGAGAGGAAGCCAGACUCGGCGGCGUACAUCCCCUUCGGACAGGGAGAUUUCUACUACGACGGCUCGAUCGUCGGCGGCACGCCCCGUAACGUCUUGAACUUCAUCGAGAAAUACCUGAGUGGCGUCAUGCACGACGUCGAAAGGGGACUCAACAGCACCUACGAAAGGCACCUAAACAAGUAUUUCUUCCUCAACAAACCCACCACGCUGCUGUCACCGGAGUACAGCUGGGAUGCUGCCUUCUACCCGCCGGCCGAGGUCCGCCGCAUCCGGGUGGCGCACCCCUCUGAGAGGAGAUUGGAGGAGCCACUCAGGCUUGCCAACUGA